UAUAUUGCAUAACGACGAAUGGACGCUAGCUGUAGCAUUUAGCUGAGUAAUGAGCGAGCUGAAAGCGGAGGACAAGGCGUAAGGCUGUACUCGGGCUCGGUGGUUGCCGUGCGGAUGUCGCUGCGGCGCUGCUCGGCUCGGUCCGGCACUCCGGCGGUGCUGGAGCCGGCAGCGGGCAGGGAGCUGUUCGAGGCCUGCCGAAGCGGAGAACUGGAGCGGGUCAAGAAACUACUCACUGCCGAGAAUGUGAACAGCAGAGACACCGCGGGCCGCAAGUCCACCCCGCUGCACUUCGCCGCCGGAUUUGGCCGUAGAGAUGUAGUGAGCUAUCUGCUGCAACAUGGAGCUAACGUUUAUGCACGGGAUGAUGGUGGCCUCAUCUCGCUCCACAACGCCUGCUCGUUUGGCCAUGCUGAGGUAGUCAACCUGCUGCUACAGCACGGAGCAGACCCUAACUCCAGAGACAACUGGAACUACACCCCUCUCCAUGAGGCAGCUAUCAAGGGCAAGAUCGACGUCUGCAUCGUUCUGCUGCAGCAUGGAGCUGAACCGAGCAUCAGAAACACAGACGGGAGGACGGCCCUGGACCUAGCCGAGGCCUCCACUAAGGCAGUCCUGACCGGGGAGUACAGAAAAGACGAACUUCUCGAGAGUGCAAGGAGUGGAAACGAGGAGAAGCUGAUGAGCCUGCUCACUCCUUUGAACGUGAACUGUCACGCCAGUGAUGGACGAAAGUCAACCCCCCUGCAUCUGGCCGCAGGCUACAAUCGGGUGAAGACAGUGCAGCUGUUGUUGCAGCAUGGCGCUGACGUCCACGCUAAAGACAAAGGUGAUCUGGUGCCUCUCCAUAACGCCUGCUCAUACGGCCAUUACGAGGUGACUGAACUACUCAUAAAGCAUGGUGCGUGCGUUAACGCAACGGAUCUGUGGCAGUUCACGCCGCUGCAUGAGGCGGCUUCCAAGAACCGCGUGGAGGUGUGUUCGCUCCUGCUGAGCCACGGAGCCGACCCCACCUUCCUGAACUGCCACAACAAGAGCGCCAUCGACCUGGCACCUACUGCGCUCCUCAAAGAUCGCUUGGCCUAUGAAUUCAGAGGUUACGCACUACUUCAGGCAGCACGUGAGGCCGAUCUCUUCCGCCUUAAAAAACACCUCUCGCUGGAGACCAUCAACUUCAAACAUCCCCAAACCCAUGAGACAGCUCUGCACUGCGUGUCCGUGUCACCUUAUCCUAAGAGGAAGCAAGUGUGCGAGAUUCUGCUGAGGAAGGGCGCCAAUAUAAACGACAAGACAAAAGACCUCCUGACGCCGCUGCAUCUCGCUGCUGAGAAGUCCCACAAUGACAUCAUUGAACUGUUAGUGAAGCAUGAAGCCAAAGUCAAUGUGGUGGACAAUCAGGGGCAGACGCCACUGCACAGGGCCGCUCAGUGCGGACAUCUGCAGAGCUGCAGGCUGCUAAUGAGCGCUGGCUCGGACCCGCUCAUCACCUCACUGCAGGGCUUCACACCCUCCCAGCUCUCCAACGACUCUAUCCAGGACAUACUGCAGGAAGGAGUGCUGGCAGGGAAUUUGGACACAGACAGGCAGCUCCUGGAGGCCUCCAAGUCAGGAGACCUGGAGACUGUAAAGAAGAUGUGCACGCUACAGAACGUGAACUGCAGGGACGCAGAGGGACGUCAGUCCACACCGCUGCACUUUGCAGCUGGAUACAACCGCGUGGCAGUGGUGGAGUACCUGCUGCAGCACGGUGCUGACGUACACGCUAAAGACAAAGGAGGCCUGGUUCCGUUACAUAACGCGUGCUCAUACGGACACUACGAGGUGGCAGAGCUGCUGGUGAUACACGGUGCUGUGAUUAACGUGGCCGACCUGUGGAAGUUUACGCCGUUGCACGAGGCUGCUGCAAAGGGCAAGUACGAAAUCUGCAAACUACUGCUUCAGCAUGGCGCAGAUCCCACCAAGAAGAAUCGUGAUGGGAACACACCUCUGGACCUGGUUAAGGAGGGGGACACAGACAUCCAAGAUCUGUUGAGGGGAGACACGGCACUACUGGAUGCUGCCAAGAAAGGUUGUCUGAGCCGGGUGAAAAAGCUUUGUAGCCCAGGGAAUGUCAACUGCAGGGACACACAUGGACGCCACUCCACACCGCUCCAUCUGGCAGCUGGUUAUAAUAACCUGGAGGUGGCGGAGUAUUUACUGCAGCAUGGCGCAGAGGUGAACUCGCAGGACAAAGGAGGUCUUAUUCCUUUACAUAAUGCUGCUUCCUAUGGGCACGUGGACGUGGCUGCAUUGCUCAUCAAGUACAACGCAUGCGUCAAUGCCACUGAUAAGUGGGCGUUCACGCCGCUGCAUGAGGCUGCUCAGAAAGGGAGGACACAGCUGUGUGCUCUGCUGCUUGCACACGGUGCCGAUCCUACGCUACGCAACCAGGAAGGCCAGUCGCCGCUGGACCUUGUGACGGCCGAUGAUGUCCGUGCCUUGCUGACCGCAGCCAUGCCUCCGUCUGCAUUGCCAGCCUGUUACAAGCCGCAGUUCAUCAGCGUGUCAGCCUCUGACCUCUCCUCUGGUUCUGGCUCCGCCCCCCAGCUCCCCGCCUCUGGCCUGGAGUCACAGGAUGGCCACUUGCCAGAGCUGCCAGGGCCGUCAGGAGCCGAGGGAGCUGUGGGAGUGGAAAAAACCGAGGAGGGUGCAGCCUUGGAAUUGAGUAUCAACCAGUUUCUUCAUAAACUUGGAUUGGAACAUCUUCUGGAGAUCUUUGACCAGGAACAGAUAACUCUGGACGUGCUGGUGGAAAUGGGGCACAAAGAGCUGAAGGAGAUCGGCAUCAACGCUUACGGCCACAGACACAAGAUCAUCAAAGGAGUGGACAGGUUCAUUACCGGACCUCAGAGUUUGAAUCCCUAUUUAACUCUGAACACGGCCAACAGUGGAACUAUACUGAUCGACUUGGCCUCGGACGACAAGGAGUUUCAGUCGGUUGAAGAGGAGAUGCAAAGCACAAUCAGAGAGCACAGAGACGGCGGUCACGCCGGUGGAGUUUUCAACAGAUACAACAUUGUAAAGAUCCAGAAGGUGUGUAAUAAGAAGCUGUGGGAGAGAUACACACAUCGCAGGAAGGAGGUGUCCGAGGAGAACCACAAUCACUCCAACGAGCGCAUGCUGUUCCACGGUUCUCCAUUUGUAAACGCCAUCAUCCACAAAGGCUUCGACGAGAGACACGCCUACAUCGGAGGCAUGUUCGGGGCUGGGAUCUACUUUGCCGAGAACUCCUCCAAGAGUAACCAGUAUGUGUAUGGUAUUGGAGGAGGCACUGGGUGUCCUCUUCACAAGGACAGGUCAUGCUACACGUGUCAGAGGCAGCUGCUGUUCUGUCGUGUAACUCUUGGGAAAUCCUUCCUUCAGUUCAGUGCCAUGAAGAUGGCCCACUCUCCACCAGGCCACCACUCGGUGUCAGGCAGGCCCAGCGUCAACGGCCUCGCCCUCGCCGAGUACGUCAUCUACAGAGGAGAGCAGGCUUAUCCUGAAUAUUUGAUCACCUAUCAGAUCAUCAAACCGGAUGGGACUAUGGAUUAAGACGAUGCCUCUUCAGAAAGGACUGUUAUACACACUGCAUGCACAUUGUCAUAAUCUCAUAAUUAAUACACUGUAUAGAACACUGUAUGUUUUGUUCCAUCUUUUCUACUUUCCUUCCUUCGCACUUGAUAUUUAUCAUGUUACACAGUUAACCGUCUACUCAACGUGUGCACUGAUAACUGUGCUUUCCGCAGCAAAAGACCUUAUAGAGUCAGUCGCUAACACUGUAAAUCAAGUUUUCAAGAAGCCUAAUGCAUCACAAACGUGGCUUAUUUAUUUUACACAACUGUAAGACAACUGUAUAUAUUUUGUUUUGUACCAGCAUGUUGAUAUAUUGAUAUUUGUAUUAUAAAGAUUCUAUGCUUGGA